AUGGAUCCUUCCAAAGUAGCCUCCGCAAACGGAGUCUUGCAAACAUUCUCUUACUUUUCAAGGCUUCCUCUCGAGAUCCGUGAGAUGAUAUGGGAGUGCAUGAUCUCCGUGGAACGACACCUGAGAAUAGAAGACCGCUUUGGGAAACCAACCAAGAUUGGGUCUUUCUCAAUCUCUUGGGGAGUGAUUCUCUCUCAAGUCUGCUCUGAGAGUCGGCAAGUCCUUUCUCGUAUCAUCGCGCACCAGACCGCGGCAGAUGGCGAUGGGGCUCUCAUUAAUCGACAUUUCAGCACUGUUCUUCUGACAACAUUUGAUGCACCCUUACUGGAGAUCUUUUCUUCCCUGAUAACCGAUGUCGAUUAUAUUGCUAUACCACGACCCACUAAAGGAGAGUUGCAAAAGCUCCAUCAAGCUCUACAAAGUAGGGUUGCCGCUGGUAGCCGACAGAUAAAAUCCAUUUACGUUGAGAUCUCAUCAUGCAUUCAGGACCAUUUCUUACGCUGGCCGGGAAAUUACCCCAUGACACCACCCGCUGAUUUUAAAAAACUCUUUCUUACAGGCAAUAGAUCAUCGGACUUCUUAUACUUUAUGUACUCGUGCUGGGCUCAUGAUCAGACUGCAAAAGAUCUACGCUCGACCUGGGGGAGACUUACUUCGAAGGACGAAAUCGCAGCACCUGUGUUGAAACAAGCACUGAUCUUGACCCGUGCAGCCAGAGGGCACUGA